UUCUUGCUCGCUUGGUCGCAUUAACAGACUCCUGUGCCAAAAUGCCGGAGCCGACAGUGAAGGGGCUGGUCAGUCCUUUUCAACUGCCCGUCAGCGCUUCUCUCGACGAAAGCGAAUGGGGAUCUAUUCUCCAACCGUAUCUUAAGAAUGCGUUGGUAUCCCAGGGACAGUAUACUGGGCAUGAAAUCAGCCGCCAUCUUGACUUCUUCUGCGAUUAUGUAGUCCGCUGGUUGGGUCCUGGUCCCAUGUACGACUCCGGCACAGUGAAAGCCCAGUUCCCUUCAUCGCUAACGAAUGACCACACGCCUUUCGAGUUGAGCCUGUGCUGGAAGAGCAACAAACAGAAAGGACGGCCGGUUGUUCGCUAUGUGACGGAUGUCAUUCCUCCAAAUCUAGAAGCGUCUCGGAUGGCUGCAUUUGAAGCAGCCCUUACUGUCAUCGGGACGCUUGAACAAGCAAGUAUAAGAUGUGCUAGCGAUGGACUGGACCUACGUAUCUUUCCGAAAUUAUGGACGAAGGCCACUAAGGAAAUGAUUGAAUUUGAGCACCAAGCUCACGGUUCAACCGCCUGCUCCAGGUGUUCGCCAUCCGGAGUCUUCGUCGCAUUUGAUCUGGUCGCUUCGGAGGCAUUUGGCAAGCUCUACUGGCUAUUUCCAGUAUGUCUGACCACGUCUGAAGUAUGUCAGGGUAUCAUGCGUACGCUACGCUCAUGCAUUGAGGCCGAACCCGGUUUCUCGACGGUCGUGAGUAGCUGGACAAAGGUCCAGCAAUAUAUCAGCCAGUAUCCAGGCGUGCUGCAACCGCGCAUGCUGUCAAUCGAUACGACUAGAUACCCGCAGUGGCGAGUCAAGGUUUACGUGCGGUGUAUCUUCCACAACACAAAUCGUUUCGAAUAUCUCGAGCCUCAUUUAACACUAGGAGGUGCUAUUAGCCCUCCGGAAUCAUUCCAAGAGACAUGUAGGAGCUCGUGGACGUCUCUCACAAGUCAAGACCGGGAUGAUGUUCCAGGCAUAGGGCCGAAAUAUUGUCUGCUUAUGUAUGACCUCCCGGCGGGAGCGAUGCAGAAGAUGUCGGCGAAGUUGUACGUUAUGUGUCAGGAGAUUCCUCGGGUCGAUUCAUUUAUCGCUCGGUGUCUUUAUGAUAGCUGCACGGUUUUGCAGAGUGCUGAGAUUAUAAAGGAAAUGAGUCAAUCUUCUGACCCUACUGCAUAUAUCUGCGAAAUUGGAUUGGCUCCGAGAGACAUUGACACUGAGGUGUCUAUUUAUUGCAGCCCAAGUUAUUCGGCACAAUGGAGCUGGCGGGAUAAAAUCGAGGCAAAUGGCUACAUGAAGAAGAAACGUAGGGUUAUUCCAAGGAAGUCGGAGUAGCCUGUUAGUUAGUUACGUUGAUUAAUCUGAGGGUCCUCG